CUGUAAAGGAGACUCCGUCCUCAGAUGUGCAAGCAAAGAGGGAGAAGGAUCUGAGCACAGAAGCCAAGCAGAAGCUGCGCAUAUUCUACCAGUUCUUGUAUAACAAAAACACGCGGCAGCAGACAGAAGCAAGAGACGACCUGCACUGUCCGUGGUGUACGCUGAACUGCCGCAAGCUCUACAGUCUUCUCAAGCACCUGAAACUCUGCCACAGUCGCUUCAUAUUCAACUAUGUGUAUCACCCAAAAGGGGCCCGAAUUGAUGUGUCGAUCAAUGAAUGCUAUGAUGGAUCCUACGCUGGAAACCCUCAAGAUAUUCACCGCCAGCCAGGUUUUGCCUUCAGCCGAAAUGGACCUGUGAAGAGGACGCCGAUAACCCACAUCCUGGUGUGCAGGCCCAAGCGCACCAAAGGCGUCAUGUCUGAAUUCUAUGAGUCGGAGGACGGUGAGGUGGAGCAGCAGCGGACCUACAGCAGUGGACACAACCGCCUGUAUUUCCAUAGUGACACCUGUCUACCACUAAGACCCCAGGAGAUGGAGGUGGACAGUGAGGAUGAGAAAGACCCCGAAUGGCUGAGGGAGAAAACGAUUACUCAAAUUGAAGAAUUCUCGGAUGUGAAUGAAGGGGAGAAAGAAGUGAUGAAAAUGUGGAACCUGCACGUCAUGAAACACGGGUUCAUUGCAGACAAUCAGAUGAAUCACGCCUGUAUGUUAUUUGUGGACAACUAUGGACCCAAAAUAAUCAAGAGGAACCUGUGCCGAAACUUCAUGCUGCACCUGGUGAGCAUGCACGACUUCAACCUCAUCAGCAUCUCCACCAUAGACCGGGCCGUGUCCAAGCUGCGGGACCUGCAGGCAAAGCUGGAUGAUCCCCUGAGCUUCAUCCCCAUUGAGGCUGCGGCCGAUGAGAUCACCGCGUCCCAAACCAAUGGCUUCACAGAGAGUAACGGGCGAGAGCGGGCACUGGAGAACGAUCACACGUCAGGGGUCCUGAAACACAGCAAAAAGCAGCGUCUGUGAGGACGAGCCAUGCUUCCAGCCCAGGGCGCCCUGCAAAGCAAUACACCCCAAAAACCACGCCUCUCCCCUCACCAGCCAGAGGGUGCACACUUUUUGUACCUUUUUCUUUUUAAUCCUCUGUCGUUGCCUCCAGGACUGACUGUUAUUUUUAGCCUUUUCAUAUUGACAAUUGAGGUUUGUAUUUUAUCCUCACAUUUUACCAUUUCUGAGAGGGGAAAGGCGAUCAUGAAAUAAGCGCCCCCUCCCAAUAAUACUUUGGAAUCGGUGUACAAUAUCAUGUCUGGUGAGAAGAUUAAACUGUAUACGGACUGGACUGCCAAGCAGGGUCGCACCUUCCCAGGGUGUCCUUGUGGUGUUGGCCCUCCUGUUGCCUAUUCCUAAGGUGUCCCCUGUGAUGUCUGGUGUGCAGUGUUAUGCUCCCCUGUGUCCUCUGCGGCCUCUUAAGCUCUUAGCAGGGGUUCGGAUCUCUAGUUACUUGCUGCCCUGGCUCUCCUGUGUGGUUCUGUGAUGUCCGGGCUCUGCGGUGCGGCACUUAUCUGCAUUGUCCAGCUCUGCAGUACGGUAUAUUCCCAGGUGUGUCCGGUCUCCAGGUUCUGGGAAUGCAUUAACUGUGUCUAAUAGAUAGUUCUGCACUGCGCCCCGGCCCUUGGGUGUUGGGGCUUUGCAGUGUGGCUCUUGGGUGGGUGUGUUUGCUCUGGGGGGGGUGCCGGGCCUGGCAGUGCAUCACUGCUCUAGGGGGGUGCGCGGCACUGCUCUAGGGGGGGUGCGCGGCACUGCUCUAGGGGGGGUGCGCGGCACUGCUCUGGGGGGGGGUGCGGCACUGCUCUGGGGGGGGGGUGCGGCACUGCUCUGGGGGGGUGCGGCACUGCUCUGGGGGGGUGCGGCACUGCUCUGGGGGUGUGCCGUGGCUCGGCAGUGCGGCACUGCUCUGGGGGGGGGGAGGGGGUGCCGGGGCUCGGCAGUACUGUAUAUUCCUGGGUGUGUAGGGUCUCCAGGGUUUGGUGGGCCCUCCUUAUUUAUAUGGGGCUCCUGCCGCCCCCUUAUCCACCUUUGCUGUGGUCUCUACAAUCCUCUUGAAUUGUACAUACAGCGAGGUGGGCAGCCAUGCGGAUGUUGUUGAUGCUAUUUAAUGUGUGUGGGGGAGGGGUGUUCACCAUGUGGUUGUGGCUCUCAACCUAUAGGAAGGUUUUGGGAUUCUGACUAGGUGUUCCUUUGCUUUAACCUUGUGUCCCCCUGCGACCCCCUUCUCUGCACAUGACGUGUAGGCUCUGUGUAGCUAGACUGGCGAUGUUUGCACACGACGUGGUGACUGCUUCCUGCACAAUCCUCAUCCCUGUGUCUUAACUUUUGUCGUGUCCAUUUCUAAUAAACUAUGAAAUGAA